AUGGCCUUGACUGUCCUGUCAGACGAACAGGUCAGGGUCCUUCUCGAGGGCCUGAGCCUCGACGAGCUGGAAGAGUUUCGACACGUCCUAGCCUCGGCGCUUCACGAAUUCUCGACAAACGCCGAAGCCGACGAGAGCGGCUUCUAUCAGCAGCCGCACCGAACCACGACGCUCCACCCAGCAUCUCGGGCCACGACGCUGUACAUGCCAUCAUGCGGUCCCCAAGGCAUGGGAUGCAAAGUCGUCUCCUUGACUUCGUCCGAGGCCACCGAGGACCCUUCCAUCAAGCCCAUUAGCCCGACUGGCGUCGUCAACCUGCUCACGCCCGACGGCAAGCCCCUAGGCCUCAUCCAGGCGAGCACGCUGACUGCCUUUCGCACCGCCCUCGGAUCUGCGUGCCUUCUCAACCGACGCAACCACGUCAAGACCAUUACCGUCUUCGGCAGCGGCCUGCAGGCCUACUGGCACGUCCGUCUCGCCCUCAUGAUGCGAGGCAGCACCAUCAAGCACGUCAACGUCAUCAACCGCCGCUUCUCCGCCAACGCCAGUGGUAUUCUUAAGAAGUUUACCAUCAUACCCCAGGCCAUAAAGGAUCGCGAGGGCUGGGCGCAGGCUAAAUUUGGCAUCUUGACGCCCACCUUUCACGAGUACGAACGCCUGCUCAAGGAGCAGAUCCGCAACUCCGACGUCAUUUACUGCUGCACGCCGUCCCGGGAGGAUCUCUUCGACGCCUCCAUCCUCACGUCUCACGAGGGCAGGAAAAAGGGCAGACUCAUCGUCGCCGCUACCAAGGUUCACGACAAGCAUCACAGGCAUUUCCACAAGCACGCCGAAGAGGCAGGCGUCGUCAUCGUCGAUACCCUGGAAGGCGUGCUCAAGGAGGCGGGUGAGAUCAUCUCCGCCAAGAUAAACCCCAACCAAUUGGUCGAACUGGGUGAGCUAGUCAUGCUCCACCGCCUGGCCAUUGAAGAGUCAGAAACAGAUACGACCGGCUCGCAGACGCCCCCGUCGAUGGAUUCGGAAAGCCUGGAUCUCAGUGAAAAGGCGUCGUCCAUGUCCACAGUCUACAGCGACCAGCCGCGACGGCCAAGCAGACCCUCGAGCCCCAUGUCAUCUGGCCACGUCCGCAAACCCAGCUUCCCGCUGCCGUUUCGAAAGAGCUCCAGCAGCUCCAUCGAACCGGAGAAGAAAAAGGAGGAUUCGCUGUCUCGUUGGCUUCGGGACGGCACGGUUGUGUACAAGAGCGUUGGGUUGGGCCUCAUGGAUCUGGUGGUGGGGAUGCAUCUGGUCAAGCUUGCGAAUGCGAAACAAAUUGGCACGCAAAUCGAAGGUUUUUAA